AUGGAGGAUGCUCUGAAAAGGCAUUUAGCACAAGCUGGUGGCUGCCUGGCCCUUUCCAGUACAAUCUACACUCCUUAUUCGUGGCCACAAAUUGAAGCCGCUGCAAGGAACACUGGGAACUCUUCAGCAAGUGUCUUCUUGUGCCAUUGUUAUCAUGUUCAGUUCAGGCUGCUUGCAAAAGCCCUACAGACACAAAAUGUUACUGGCAAGACAUGGAUCUUCACAACUCAUUUUGCUGUGGCCCUAGAGGUAUUCACCAGUGAGAUGUUACAGCUCCUGAAUGGGAGCCUAGCCCUGAAGAUUCAUUCUGAGAAAAUUCCAGGAUUUGUGGAAUUCCUGACAACCCUUCAUCCUGCUGCUUAUCCCCACAGCCACUUGAUGAAAUUGUUCUGGCAGAAGUUAUUCAGCUGUGCUUGGCCAAACCUGGACAAGAAAAAGGCAGGGCAAGAUAGAACUCCAGCUUGCACUGGAGCAGAGGAGAUGGAUGCCAACCACUUGCUCAGUUUUGAUCUGGAUAACUGGGCUGGCACAUAUCAGGCCUAUCUUGCAACCAGGGCUUUCAUCAUAGCCUGUCAUAGCCCUGUCCACCUUUAUGUAAGAAAUAUUAACUUUUCCACUCCAUCAAAGGAAGAUGUGUUUUUUAAAAAUGGUGCAGUUCCAGCUGCGUUAGACAUUAUGAACCUUCAGAUUUUAUCCAAUGGUUCUUUGCGGGGCAUGAAGGUUGGCUAUUUUUCCUCCAGACCUUACUUGGGGAAGCAUCUUCUGAUUGAUAACAGUACAAUUGUGUGGGCAAGAAGCCCUGCUCAGGCACCCCAUUCAGUCUGCACAGAAAGUUGUUUGCCUGGCUAUAGGAAAUUACCUUUGCAAGGAAAAGCAAGUUGCUGCUAUGAUUGCCAGAAGUGUCCCAAUGGACAGAUUGCCAAUGGAACAGAUAGCACACACUGCUGGACCUGCUUUCCUGGCCAAUGGCCCAAUGAUCUACAAGACCAGUGCCUCCCAACCAUCUUUGACUUUUUGUCCUACACUGACGCUUUGGGUACAGCCUUGGCAGCCUGCAGUACCUUCUUCUUUCUCCUCUCACUGUCCAUCCUAUGCAUCUUCAUAAGGCACCACCGCACACCACUUGUCAAGGCCAACAAUCACAAGCUGAGCUACCUUCUCUUGGCUUCCUUGGCUCUUUGUUUCCUCUGCCCACUGAUGUUCCUUGGACGGCCAGACUUGCUCACUUGCUCCCUCCGCCAGGCAGUCUUUGGCCUAGUCUUUACUGUUUGUCUCUCAGCAGUCUUGGCCAAGACAGUGACUGUGGUGAUGGCAUUCAGUGCUUCCCAGCCAGGCAGCUACAUCCAGAAGUGGAUAGAUUACAAGCUCCCUGGCAUGAUCACUCUUUGCUGCCCACUAGUCCAAGGUGCUAUAUGUGUCUUUUGGGUAACUAAAUGGCCUCCUUUUCCAUCACAGAAUCCACUGCAGGGAGGAGCUCAAGUGACCUUAGAAUGUGACAAAGGCUCCUUGGAGUUCUUUUACACCAUGCUGGGCUACCUGGGCUUGCUGGCCACCAUAAGCUUAGGAGUGGCUUUCCCAGCUCAUCAGCUGCCAACAGCUUUUAAUGAGGCCCAGCACAUUGCCAUCAGCAUGCUAGUCUUCACUUUUGUCUGGGUCUCCUUCAUGCCAUCAUAUCUCAGUGCAACAGGAAAGUAUACAGUGGCUGUAGAGAUCUUUGCUAUCUUGGCCUCUGGGGCUGGUUUGUUAGCAUGUCUUUUCUUCCCCAAGUGCUAUAUAAUUUUGUUGCAGCCUGAGAAGAACAACAAGGGCCACCUGCUGGGGCGAUUCUUCCCUCAGAAAUAG